AUGCUGCUGCUCAACCUCACCCUUAGCCUGGUCCUCCUCAGCUCCUCCUGGGGCUGCAGCAUUCCUGUCAUCAAACCAGCACUGAGCUUCAGCCAGAGGAUCAUCAAUGGGGAGAACACAGUGCCAGUCUCCUGGCCUUGGCAGGUGUCCCUGCAGGACAGCAGUGGCUUCUACUUCAGCGGUGGUUCUCUCAGCCAGUCCUGGGUGGUCACAGCUGCCCGCUUUGAUGUCAGCCCUGGCCACCACUUUGUUGUCCUGGGCGAGUAUGACCAGUCCUCCAGUGCCAAGCCCGUGCAGGUUUUGUCCAUCUUGCAGGUCAUUACGCACCCUAACUGGAAUUUCACCACUAUGAACAAUGACCUGAUGCUACUAAAGCUCACCUCACCAGCCCACUACACAACAUGCAUCUCACCAGUGUGCCUAGCUUCCUCAAACAAGGUGCUGUCUGCAGCCCUCACGUGUGCCGCCACUGGCUGGGGCCGCCUCAGUGGCAUGGACAAUGUGACGCCAGCAAGUCUGCAGCAGGUGGCUCUGCCCCUGGUCACUGUAAGACAGUGUCAGCAGUACUGGAGUUCACGCAUCACUGACUCCAUGAUCUGUGCAGGUGGCUCAGGUGCCUCUUAAUGCCAGGGUGACUCUGGAGGCCCUCUUGUCUGCCAGAAGGGGAACACAUGGGUGUUUACUGAUGUUGCCUCCUCGGGCACCAAAAAAUACAAUGUGCACACACCUGCCAUGUACACUAGGGUCAGCAAGUUCAGCACCUGGAUCAACCAGGUCAUAGACUAUAACUGA